GUGCGACUCGCGGUCCUAUGUGAAUUGCUGUCCAUGCUGUCAACUGCCCAACCCGACAGUUAAACUGUAGAAACACCGUUUAACCGCGAGCCUUUCAUCAUGGCAGAAGAAGGCCUUUUUGGCGAGUGCUAUAUGGCAUUUGUGCCUAGCAACUCGCUAACGCCAAAGCACAUUAGCGACAUGAGUGCCAUUGUUGAGAAGCAAGGCGCCACUGUCCUAGAUCCUCGCCGCGACGGAACGCUGGCCCUUGAAAAAGUCACCCAUCUGAUAUCCAACACGAUUGACUUCCAGCAAUAUGACGAGUCCCAGGGCAUGAUGAUCCCGGUUGUAACUAUGGGUUGGAUCAGUGCAUCAGUUGCCCGCAACAAGCUCGCCCAAGCUCGCCCCUUCUCCCCGGAUCCCCGCAUGAUAUUCUCUCAAGUAAUCGUUUCUUGCGCCGACUUGCCCAUUACGGACAAAGAAAGCAUUAUCGGUGCAACCAUGGCAAUGGGAGGCCAAGAGACAAAAGACGUCAACAGACUGACAACCCACAUAUGUGCUCUAUCGAUGGACUCCCAGAGAGUCCAGAUUGCGAAGUCAAAGGGGUGGAAGGGCAAAGUAGUGUUGCCUCACUGGUUCGAUGACUGUUUCCGUCUAGGCAAGAGAAUUGAUGAGACACCAUACGUUCUCCCAGACCCUGAAAUUUUGCGCAAAUCUGCCGACGACGCCCUCGACAUUCCCGACUCAACGAACCUCGACGGAGCCACGUCCGCAAAUCCCAAGUGGUUACCGCUUCCGCCAGACUCUGAAGUUGCUAGAGCCCCGGCUACUGUAUUUGAACACCACAAAAUCCUUCUCUCAGAUGACCUGAAUAUUACACCGAGACUGGCAGCUGUUGUCCAGGACAUCAUCAUCAACGGCGGUGGCAGGUUGGUCCGCGAUGUCGAAAACUGCGACAUGUACAUUGGCCAAUAUCGUGACGGCUCCGACUAUGUUAAAGCUGCACAAGCUGGUCGCGAUGUAGGAAACCUCGCAUGGCUCUUCUACUUGAUUGUGCAUAACGAAUGGACUUCGCCACUGCGUCGUCUCCUGCAUUAUCCAGUUCCCAGAAAUGGAAUCGACGGAUUCAAGGGUCUCAAAAUCACAGUGUCCAACUAUGGCGGCGAGGCAAGAAUAUAUCUAGAGAACCUCAUCAAGGCUUGUGGAGCAGAGUUCACAAAAACGAUGAAGGCAGAUAACACACACUUGAUCACAGCACGCGACUCGAGUGAAAAAUGCAAAGCGGCACCGGAAUGGGGAGUGGCAGUGAUAAACCACUUGUGGAUUGAGGAAAGCUACGCUAAGUGCGAGAUUAAGCCGAUGACCAUUAAGAAAUAUACACACUUCCCGCCGAGAACGAAUCUGGGCGAGAUCAUUGGCCAAACGUUCCUUGACGAGAGCACACUUCGCAGUGUUUUCUAUCCAGGGGAACCUAGCCCGUCACCGCAAGCUAAAAAGAAGAGAAAGGUUCUAGAAGCUGCGGUAGACAAGACCAAUCAAAAUACUGCCCCCGAGGAGGAGGAGGAGCCUGCGCAGGCUGUCUCUCCAGUAAGUGACGAGGAUGUGACAAUGGUUCACGACGAAAACGAAGCAAAGAAGCCGGCGAGAAAAUCAAAGACUUAUGAAACACCAAUCCGACCAAAGAGGGCAAAAGAAGAGCCGACAAGCGUGAUCUCUACUGGAGGUCGCAGUGCGAAAGCCAAGGCGAGAGAUUUACUGCAGAACAUUGCGCCAGAUAUUGAGCUGUACGAGAAGGAGAAGAAGCGUCAUGGCAAGUCGGCAGCGCCUUGGGGUGGCAAAAGAGCCGCUGAUCAGGUGGAAAAAGAGCGCGCUGCGAAACAGGAGAAGGAGGCUGCCAAGGAGCAAGAUGUUGAAGAUGACGAUGAUGAGGGUUCCAAGCGGUCAGCCAAGCGAUCACGGGUUUCACUUCCAGACGUUGAGACAAGAGUAGUCUUGACUGGCUUCACACGUUGGGUCGGAGACGUAUCAAAGGAGGGCCAAGACAGAAAAAAGUUGCGAGAACUUGGUAUAUUGAUUGUUCAAGAAGGGUCACCCUGUGACUACCUCGCAGCUCCGCAUAUUGUGCGAACGGUCAAGUUUCUGUGUGCCCUAGCUCGCGGACCGCAAGUCAUUUCGUCCACGUUUAUCGACAAGAUUCUCGAGACAAGCAAGGUGCCCGACGUGGAAAAAUUCCUCCUCAAGGACAAGGAGGCCGAGUCCAAGUACAACUUCAAACUCGUCACAUCUGUCGCACGGGCCAAAGCCAACCGCGGCAAGCUCCUACAGGGCGUCCCUGUAUACUGCGCGGAAAGCAUCCGCAACGGCUCCGACAGCUAUCGGGCCAUUGCCGAGGCCAAUGGUGCGAUCUUCAAGAUUUACCGCGCGCGCAGCGGCACCACCAUCAAACCCACGACAGCUGAGGAAGACGGACAUGCGCCACCUGAGCCUGUCUAUCUCUUGAGCGGUGCUAGCCCUGAGGAACGCAAGUUGUGGCCCAAGUUUGAGGACAUGGCGAGAAAGGGCAACAUGGAGCCACGCAUCGUCACGCCAGACUGGCUGCUAGAUGUCGCCAUGGCGCAACAGGUCCGUUUUGACGAAAAGUUUCUAUCUGCCGCUCAGGAAUAAGCUGGGGUCUUCGUGUUAAUUAUGUGAAAGCAAAUAUAUACCGCUGUAUGCAGUAAGUGUGACGUCUGGUGCGGGAUUCGGUGGUCAGCCUGCCAUAGUUGCAGGUAGUAGUCGUGCCCUCUUUUAGGGAUCUUGAAUAGUUUUUGAUAGUCAAUAUUUCAGAAGAACUUGACACCAAGCGAGUCCUCUUGUCCAAAGAUCUGUGCCUUGCCCCGUUUGACAAGCACAUUAAGGGCUUUGCGGAGAAUCUCAGCAUCGAUACCGUGAAGAUCUACACACACGCACAAAGUUAGCCCUUGCUUGUACCUCACUUCUAUACCCUCUGCCGGCAAACAUACCUGUUCCAAGAGUCGCAUCGCCCUCUGAGAGCUCAUAUAGUGUCAAAAUACUACCCUUAUGCGCCGUCUGGUCAACAAAUGCCUCCACGACAGCCGCCCACUCAUCAAUCGUCUUCCAGAAGAUAAAGACGACAUCCUGCGCGCCUUCGCUGACAUAGUCUGCCCUGCCUUCCUUGCGCAUAAAGUCAAACACGUCGCGGAUAUCAGCCGGCUGUAGGCGUCUGUUAAUGGCUUUAUUGUGGAAUAGGUCCGUUUCCGCAGCCGAGGACAGUGAGAGGCGGAACAUCUUGUGGUGGCGAGCGUAGGCGAGGACCAAGGCGCUCCAUUUUGUCAGCUGGGCGUGGUGUGUGGUAAGAUUUGUUUGGCGAGUAAAGAAGGGAGGGAAGCUGUAUUCGCGCGGAAAGCUAAAGGGAGCCGCGGCUGCGGCUGAUGCGGCCAUGAUUAGGUGAGAGGUAUGGUUAUUUGGUAGGG